AAGCCCCAGUGUCUGAGUGUCAACGCGAAUAUUAAGCAAAAACGAUUUUUUAGCACACACUUGACAGAAUACAAACAACUCUCCAGUCAACCCCGAAAAAAAACCCAAAAACAAAAAGCAUGUCACUCUAUGCAAAUUAGCCAGCUACCAUAUUAUUAGCUUGCGAACGAGAGAACAUAAGAGCCAAUAAAGAGAAAAAAGGUGGGGAAAAAACGGCCAGCAUAUAAUCAGUGCUGCUGCGGCUGUAGCAGUAGCAUCUGCCUGAGAUCCACACGCUGACCAAAGCCAACCCUGAACCUGAUUCUGUAUCAGUUGUAUUGGCUAUAGGCUGGCUCUGCCUGCCAACCAGUUUUAGUUGUGCGUCGCCAGUCGAAGUGAUAAAAGCGUGAGUAAAAGCAAAGAGUCUGCCAAGAAAGUGAGCAUUGCACACAAGGCCAAGGCUACUAAUACAACUGGCCAAGCUGAGAGUGUCCAGCCACAACGCAAAUACAGCUAAUUGAAAGUCAAUACUCAUGCAAAGGCUUAGCUUUAGCUAAAUUAAUAUAUAAAUAUAUAAUACCUAUCAGUUCCAAAAAAAUAAAUAUUAAUAACACAAAAACAAAUACACGCUCCCAUCAAAUUCUAAAGACGUUGAUAAGCGCAGACCAGAUCAAUUCCACAUAGCUCAUUGACAACUUCGGAAAUCAUUCAAGAUGAAACGUAGGCGCAACAACAUGUUGAUUGUGCCGCUGCUGCUAGUCGUCGGAGCAAGCUUUGGCGUGUUGGCUGCUGGCUACACUGGUUCGGUGAGCAGCGUUCUUGGAGCAGCGCGACCCGUGCGCUCCGUGGAGACACUGAAGGAAUGGCAGCAGUUGGAGUACGGCUUCGCCUCGGACAGGGAUCGGCAGAAGGCGCAGUCGGAUGGCAAUUUGAUGCCUGGCUAUGGCACGCCCAUUGAUGUGCAGCCCCAUUACCUGCCCAACGGACAGGUGCGCAUCUUCACCACAGUGCCACGCUUCGUCACCGGCAUACCCUACACGCUGGCCACAGUCUCCGAGCGGCCGGGCCACAAUGGUCCCCAGCUGCAGCCGUAUCCGGGCUACAGUUGGCAUAACAACAAUGGCGACAACUGUGACCAGAUUACGUCAGCAUUCCGUGUGUCUAUCAACGAGUGCAAUCAGAUGUGGGUCAUUGACUCGGGCAAUGUGGGUGGCGUGCAGAACUGUCCGCCACAGUUGCUGAAGUUUGACCUGAGCACCGAUAGAUUGCUGCAUCGCUUCCGUUUGCCCAACGAUACUUAUGUGGCUCACGCUUCGAUACUCAUCGCAACCAAUCUGCUAACGCAGGAUCCGCCGCCGCGUGGCAACUGUGCCCGCACCAUGAUCUAUAUACCGGACGUAAACUACCACGGACUCAUCGUGUACGAUCAUCAGGCCGACGCAGCCUGGCGCAUUGAGAACCGCUUCAUGUACCCGGAUCCCGACUAUGGCCGCCACACCAUUGCCGGCGAGAGCUUCACUCUGAUGGACGGCAUCUUUAGCGUGAACAAUGAUAGACAGAAUCUGUACUUCCAUCCACUGGCCAGCAUCAGCGAGUACUCUGUGCCGCUCAGCUUGAUCAACAGGCGACAGAACUGGGAGGACGAUUCGGGUGCCAUGGAGGAUCAAUUCAAGCUGCUGGGCAGGCGUAAGAGCGAGUGUGCCGCCUCUGCUAUGGACAGUCGCAACAAUCUCUACUGUGUCACCCUCAAUCCCAUCAAGCUAUUCGCCUGGAACACGAAUACGCCCUACACCACACGCAACUUUGGCAAUCUGCCUGCCAAAUCCAGCGAGCUGCAGUUCGUUAGUGGCAUGAAAGUCCUACGCAAUCCUGGCGGUCAGGAGGAGCUCUGGAUGCUCUCCAAUCGUUUCCAGAAAAUUUCGGCGGGCACUUUGAACUCGAACGAGGUUAACUUCCGCAUCAUGCGCCGCCAGCUCGACGAUAUUCACAGCGGCAUGUACUUCGCCAGCGACGAUGAUCUGACGAAUCGUCUGAUCUUUACUUAAGCUACACAGUAAACAGUUAUACAUAAAUACAAA